UGGAGCGCUGUUGGUUGGAGUGCGAGUUUGUUAUUCUUUCUUUUCAAGGCAUCGUUGAUUGUGUUGAUCACAGCUUGUCUGAAGAGCUGGGCUUUAUUCAAUCGUAUUUCACAAAAUGAAGCGGAUCUGGUUGAUUGGGCUGCUCUGUGCACAUUUAGCUUUCGCAUCUGUGAGAGCAGAAGAUGGACUUGACAUUGAUGGGACUGUGGAAGAUGAUCUGGGAAAAAGCAGAGAUGGUUCCAAAACAGAUGAUGAGGUGGUGCAGAGGGAGGAGGAGUCUAUCCAGCUGGAUGGGCUGAACGCAGCUCAGAUAAAAGAGAUCAGAGAGAAAUCUGAGAAGCAUGUCUUCCAGGCAGAGGUCAACCGCAUGAUGAAGCUUAUCAUCAACUCACUCUACAAGAACAAGGAGAUCUUCUUGAGGGAGUUGAUAUCCAACGCCUCUGAUGCUCUGGAUAAGAUCAGAAUGAUGUCUCUGACCAACGAGGAUGCACUGGCAGCCAAUGAGGAGCUCACCAUCAAGAUCAAGAUGGACAAAGAGAAGAACAUGCUCCACAUCACUGACACUGGCAUCGGCAUGACCAAAGAGGACUUGGUCAAGAACCUGGGUACCAUCGCCAAGUCGGGCACCAGCGAGUUCCUCAACAAGAUGACGGAGAUUGAAACCGAGGGCCAGUCCACCUCUGAGCUUAUUGGCCAGUUCGGCGUGGGCUUUUACUCUACCUUCUUGGUUGCCGACAAGGUGAUCGUGUCUUCAAAGCACAACAACGGCACACAGCACAUCUGGGAGUCUGACUCCAAUGAGUUUUCUGUCAUUGAGGACCCUCGCGGGGAUACGCUCGGCAGGGGCACCACCAUCACGUUGGUGAUGAAGGAGGAGGCUACAGACUACCUGGAGCUGGAAACCAUCAAGAACCUGGUCAAGAAAUACUCACAGUUCAUCAACUUCCCCAUCUACAUCUGGGCCAGCAAGACAGAGACUCUUGAGGAGCCCAUCGAGGACACCGAUGUGGAGAAAGAUGACAAUGAGGAUGAGGUAGAAGUGGAGGAAGAGGAGGACAAGCCCAAGAAGGUUGAGAAGACCGUGUGGGACUGGGAGCUGAUGAACGACGUCAAGCCUAUCUGGACGAGACCAGCCAAAGAAGUAGAGGAGGAUGAGUACAAAGCCUUCUACAAGACUUUCUCUAAGGACACAGAUGAGCCCCUCUCCCACAUCCACUUCACAGCUGAGGGUGAGGUGACCUUCAAGUCCAUCCUGUUUGUCCCCGUUGCUGCCCCCAGGGGCAUGUUCGACGAGUAUGGAACCAAGAAGAACGACUUCAUCAAGCUCUUUGUCCGUAGAGUCUUCAUCACUGAUGAUUUCAAUGACAUGAUGCCCAAAUACCUGAACUUUGUCAGGGGAGUGGUGGACUCUGAUGAUCUGCCACUGAAUGUGUCAAGAGAAACCCUGCAGCAGCACAAGUUGCUCAAGGUCAUCCGUAAGAAGCUGGUGCGUAAGACCCUGGACAUGAUAAAGAAGAUUGCAGAGGAGCAGUACAAUGACAAGUUCUGGAAGGAGUUUGGCACCAACAUUAAACUGGGUGUGAUCGAGGACCACUCCAACAGGACUCGUCUGGCCAAACUGCUGCGUUUCCAGACCUCCAACAGCGACACGGUGCUGGCCAGCCUGGAGCAGUACGUAGAGAGAAUGAAGGACAAGCAGGACAAGAUCUACUUCAUGGCCGGAACCAGCCGCAGGGAGGCUGAGUCUUCUCCCUUUGUAGAGAGUCUGUUGAAGAAGGGUUAUGAGGUAAUCUACCUGACCGAGCCAGUGGAUGAGUACUGUGUCCAGGCCUUGCCAGAGUUCGACGGUAAGCGCUUCCAGAAUGUGGCCAAGGAGGGCAUUAAGUUUGACGAUAGUGACAAGGCCAAGGAGACCAGGGAGGUCCUGGAGAAGGAGUACGAACCCCUCACCACCUGGAUGAAGGACAGCGCCCUCAAGGACAAGAUUGAGAAGGCCAUCCUGUCCCAGAGGCUGACCAAGUCUCCCUGUGCCCUGGUAGCCAGCCAGUACGGCUGGUCUGGUAACAUGGAGAGGAUCAUGAAGGCACAGGCCUACCAGACAGGAAAAGACAUCUCUACAAAUUAUUAUGCAAGCCAGAAGAAAACAUUAGAAAUCAACCCAAAGCACCCUCUCAUCAAGGAAAUGCUGAAACGCGUUUCUACCGAUGCCGAGGACCAGACUGCCUCAGACCUGGCCAUGGUGUUGUUUGAGACGGCCACGCUGCGUUCAGGCUACCAGCUUCAAGACACCAAGGCCUAUGGAGACAGGAUCGAACGCAUGCUGCGGCUCAGUAUGAACGUAGAUCUCAACGAACCGGUUGAGGAGCCAGAGGAGGAGCCUGAAGAGGCGGCGCAGGCUGAGGAAGAAGAGGAAAUUCAAGAUGAGGAUGAAGUGGUAACAGAUAAAGAUGAAUUAUAAAGCAUUAAAUGAGUGUGGGUGUCAUGAUGGACGUAUCCUGGAGCUGAGCCACAACCAAGACCACCCAUGGCCAACCAAGUCCUAGCCUUGAAAUUCAGACCGAAUUUAGCUUCAUUCUGUACGUUUCACUCCAUUAUCUAUGAAUUAGUCAUUACGACAGUGAAACUGUGAUUCAGUCUGGAUAGCCAAGACCACCACCAGCUGGCCAAGAACACCAAUGGUCAGUGAAGACUAGCCAGGUCCCAGAUCGGUUUGUGUGGUCUUGCCCAACAGAUCAGGUUAAGUCAAGACAUUGAUGGCCAUUGGCCACCUUUCACUCACUCGGGAAGGUCCUGAUCUGAUUUUUUUUAUAAGGCUUUGGUUUUGUUUUGUUACAUUCCUCAUGAUUGUAAAUUUGUUAAUAUUUCACUGAGCUGUCUUUGGAAAAGAUGAAAGAUGUGAUCGUCACUUGAUCCCAUUAAAUAAAUAUUUAUUGGGAAAAGUUACUUUUUAUAUUUUGUUUUAAAAAAAAGUGAACUAGGUAGUUAACAAAUUCUUAUUUACAAUGACGGCCUACCCUGGCCAAGCCCUCCCCUAACCCAGACGACGCUGGGCCAAUUGUGCGCCUCCCAAUGAGACUCGAUUACAGCCGGUUGUGAUACAGCCCGGGAUCGAACCUGGAUCUGUAGUGACGGCUCUUAAGAAUAGCUUCCCCAACAGCCUUAGACCACUGCACCACUCUUUAAGAAGCACAUGCAGUGGCUGACACAAAACAGAUCUGGCAAUAAGAAUAGGCUAUACUCUUGACCAUUUACAUCUAGGGAUUGAGUUUUGUGCUUGAAGGAACUUUCUUUUAGGUUCAGUUUCAUAAUGUGCACCUGCUCAUUAGUUCGCUAGCUAAAGAGGCGGGGGGCUUGUCAAAGGGAUUUUCAUAGCAGGUUAGAUCAUUUCUCCUAACCUUAACCUCAGUCUCCUAAACUGCUAUGAAAAAGUCACUUCGGUAUAUUUAAUAUGAAACAAAUUGGGUACAAAGUGCAGCACAAUGCACACAACACUAAGUGCUUUAUCAAGCUUAGCUAUCUCGCAAGAUGAAAAAAAUCUAAUUAACUUCAAAUCAAAUUCAUUUAUAUAGCCCUUCGUACAUCAGCUGAUAUCUCAAAGUGCUGUACAGAAACCCACCCUAAAACCCCAAAUAGCAAGCAAUGCAGGUGUUGAAGCACGUUGGCUAGGAAAAACUCCCUAGAAAGGCCGAAACCUAGAGGAACCAGGCUAUGAGUGGUGGCCAGUCCUCUUCGGGCUGGGCCGGGUGGAGAUUAUAACAGAACAUGGCCAAGCAUGGUCAAAUAAUAGGUCUGGGACAGGUAGCACGUCCGGUGAACAGGUCAGGAUUCCAUAGCCGCAGGCAGAACAGUUGAAACUGCCGGUGGACUGGGGACAGCAAGGAGUCAUCAUGCCAGGUAGUCCUGAGGCAUGGUCCUACGGCUCAGGUCCUCCGAAAGAGAAUUGGAGCACACUUAAAUUCACACUGGAUAAGACUGGAGAAGUACUCCAGAUAUAACAAACUGACCCUAGCCCUCCGACACAAACUACUGCAGCAUAAAUACUGGAGGCUGAGACAGGAGGGGUCAGGAGACACUGGCCCCAUCCUAUGAUACCCCCGGACAGGGCCAAACAGGAAGGAUAUAAUCCCACCCACUUUGCCAAAGCACAGCCCCCACACCACUAGAGGGAUAUCUUCAACCACCAAUUUACCAUCCUGGCCGAGUAUAGCCCACAAAGAUCUCCGCCACGGCACAACCCAAGGGGGCCAACCCAGACAGGAAGAUCACGUCAGUGACUCAACCCACUCAAGUGGCGCACCCCUCCUAGGGACGGCAUGAAAGAGCACCAGUAAGCCAGUGACUCAGCCCCUGUAAUAGGGUUAGAGGCAGAGAAUCCCAGUGGAGAGAGGGGAACUGGCCAGGCAGACAGCAAGGGCGGUUCAUUGCUCCAGAGCAUUUCCGUUCACCUUCACACUCCUGGGCCAGACUACACUCAAUCAUAUGACCCACUGAAGAGAUGAGUCUUCAGUAAAGACUUAAAGGUUGAGACCGAGUUUGCGUCUCUUACAUGGGUAGGCAGACCAUUCCAUAAAAAUGGAGCUCGAAAGGAAAAAGCCCUGCCUCCAGCUGUUUGCUUAGAAAUUCUAGGGACAAUUAGGAGGCCUGCGUCUUGUGACCGUAGCGUACGUGUAGGUAUGUACGGCAGGACCAAAUCAGAGAGAUGGGUAGGAGCAAGCCCAUGUAAUGCUUUGUAUGUUGGAAAUCAGCCCUUGCCUUGACAGGAAGCCUGUGUAGGGAGGCUAGCACUGGAGUAAUAUGAUCAUGUUUUUUGGUUCUAAUCAAGAUUCUAGCAGCCGUAUUUAGCACUAACUGAAGUUUAUUUAGUGCUUUAUCCGGGUAGCCGGAAAGUAGAGCAUUGCAGUAGUCUACCCUAGAAGUAACACGAGCAUGGAUGAAUUUUUCUGCAUCAUUAUUGGACAAAGUUUCUGAAUGUUUCAUACUACCAGUUCGCUUGUUAGCACGACCUAUCUAGCUAGCUAAUCCACUGACUCUCGACAGCUAACAAAUACAGGACUAUUCUGGAAGAAAACCUGAUGGAGUCUGCAAAAGACCUGAGACUGGGACGGAGUCUUCCAACAAGACAAUGAUCCAAAACAUAAAGCAAAAUCUACAAUGGAAUGGUUCAAAAAUAAACAUAUCCAGGUGUUAGAAUGGCCAAGUCAAAGUCCAGACCUGAAUCCAAUUGAGAAUCUGUGGAAAGAACUGAACUGCUGUUCACAAAUGCUCUCCAUCCAACCUCACUGAGCUCGAGCUGUUUUGCAAGGAGGAAUGGGAAAAAAUGUCAGUCUCUCGAUGUGCAAAACUGAUAGACAUACCCCAAGCGACUUACAGCUGUAAUCGCAGCAAUCGCUACAAAGUAUUAACUUAAGGGGGCUGAAUAAUUUUGCACGCCCAAUUUUUUUUCGGUCCACUUCAUGAUUGUGUCCCAAUUGUUGUUGAUUCUUCACAAAAAAAUACUGUUUUAUAUCUUUGUUUGAAGCCUGAAAUGUGGCAAAAGGUCGCAAAGUUGAAGGGGGCCGAAUACUUUCGCAAGGCACUGUAUGUCUUCUAUUUCCUAAUAAUUGCUCCCACAGUUGAUUUCUUCAAACCAAGCUGCUUACCUAUUGCAGAUUCAGUCUUCCCAGCCUGGUGCAGGUCUACAAUGUUGUUUCUGGUGUCUUUUGACACCUAUUUGGUCUUGGCCAUAGUGGAGUUUGGAGUGUGACUGUUUGAGGUUGUGGACAGGUGUCUUUUUAUACUGAUAAUGAGUGGAGGACAGAGGAGCCUCUUGAAGAAGUUACAGGUCUGUGAGAGCCAGAAAUCUUGCUUGUUUGUAGGUGACCAAAUACUUAUUUUCCACCAUAAUUUGCAAAUAAAUUCAUAAAUCCUACAA